AUGGACACCGAGUCCGCCGCCACGCCCGCAACGACAACGACCGAUGCGUCUUCCGAGCAAGCUCCAGCUUCGUCGGAUGUCGAAGUAAUCGACUUGACCGGGCUCUCAGACUCUUCCUCCGACGAUGAAGGCGGAGAUGGUUCAGACCAAGAAGAAAAUGGGGAGGGCGGCUCGUACGACGAUGAUGACGACGACGACGACGGGUCUGAAGUUGAGAUUCCCCUCAACCAGGAAACCCGAACGCAGCUGUACACUGCCAUCUCUACUGUGUCUGAACCGCGUCUUCGACACGUCCUCAAGCGCUUAAUUGAUACCGACCAGGCGGUGGAGAUUGCUCUUACUCGCGAGCUUAUAACCUUGAAGCGCGAAACCCAGGCCGUUGUACCGCGAUGGCAUCGCUGCGUCCAUUGCGAAAUCGAGUAUGAUAUCAAUACUCGCCGGGAGGAAGAUGAAUGCACUUUUCAUCCCGGUGAACUAGAGGAAGAUGAAGAAGGCUUUGCGGACUGGGACGAGGAUUGCCACGGUCCUAAAGACACACCAGAAAAUAGGAUCCAAUAUCCUCACGAAUUCAAGUGGACAUGUUGCGACGAAGACGGGACAGCUCCGGGCUGUGUUCGAGGACAGCAUAAACCUGUUGACAUCUCGAAAAAGCGAAAACGGGAGGAGCAGCACUAG